CUAUACAAAUCAUACUGUAAAAAAAAUAAAAUCUAAUGCAAUAUCUUCAAAUGGACGAAUAAUGGUUAGGAAAAAAAAUAGAUGAUAUUAUUAUGAUUAUUUGAUUAUAAUUCCUACGCAACCAAUUACCCAAAAACAAAGCAAGUGCCUACUAUUGGAUACAUUUUUGUUUUAACGAGAAAAAAGGAAGAAAUAGAAACUUGGAUUCUUCUUCCCUACCCUCGGACGACGACGAUGUCGAGAGAUGCGUCCUCGCCGCCGACUUCCAUCGUCGUUGCCGCCGACACCCCUCUCUCUCCAUCCCUCACCGCCUCUCUCUCCUCCAUCUUGUCGACGCUCUCUCUUUGCCACUUCCUCUCUCUCUUCCACCAUCGUCUCUCUCUCCUCUGUUUUAUCGACGACGACGGUCAGAUCUGCUUUCCCUCUCUCCAACGUUGCCGCCUCUUCCGUGAUCUUCUUUCCCUCUCUCCACCGUCGCCAUCGCUGUCGAGGUCUCCAUUCUCUCUCUCUCCAUCGUCGUCGGCGUUCUCUCACCCGCCGCAACUUUUCUCUCUCUCAUGCGGGCGAUGCUAGCAACGCAGAAGAACAGGUUGGAGGAAAUAAAAACUUAAAUGAACUUUUUCAUAAUUCCAGAAUUGCCCCUCCCAUUAUUUAAUUAUCUCUUCCCUUAUUUCCACUAUUAGAUCGAUUAAUAAGAAUCCAACGACUAGGAGGAGCAUAACCAAGUGACUAAGCACCCCCUAGUCACCAGAUCCUCUCUCAAAGGAAGUAACUUCUAUGAGUAGUAGUUACUAUAGUAUCGGUAAUCAAUUUAUGUUAGCAUG